AUGUUCCUGGGAGGAAUUGAGGCAGAUCAGGCUCCGGUACAGGUUUCAGCAAGGGAAGCUGGUAGGAGCGAGGGAGAGUGGCUGCAAGAAGGGAGGGAGCAGGUGGAGGGGGGUGGGAAGGAGGGGCCUGGUGCGUUGAGUGGGGAUGGGACAGCGGAGCAGGCUGGAUUUGGUGCUGCUGCUGCUGGCAGUGCUGCUGGUGGUGGUGCAUCUGCUGGUGGUGGGGGGAUUGGUGGUGGCGGGUUUGGUGCUGCUCUUUCCCUAGGCCUAGGGCCACCAGAGGUUAGGAGACCAGGAGAGACAGCUGACACUAGACCUUCUGUCUCUGUUACACCAGCCUCAGUUGAACCUUCGGCUGUAGCGGCACCAGCUGUAGCAGAGGCAGGUGGGCCCGGGAUUGCAGGCUUGCCGGCUGUAGCAGCUGCAGCAGGAUCUGGUUCUGGUGCUCCUGUGCCUGCGCCUGCUGCUGCUGCUGCUGCUGCUGCGCCUGCUGCUGCUGCGACUGCUGCUGUGCCUGCUGCUGCUGCAGUUGAGUCGACAGAGGUGAUGUCACCUGCUGCAGGAUCGGCGCCAGCAUCAGCAGGAAAGGCAGGGGCAGCAGCCGCAGCAGCAAGACUGGCAGCCGCAGCAGCAGGGGCAGCAGGUGCAGCAGCAGGAACUGCAGCUGGAGCAGCAGGGGCAGCGGGAAAGAAGGUUGUAAAGAAGGGACCUGUGAAGGAGAAAGGGACCGAAGGGAGGGCCAAGGCAAAGGAACCACCAGGCUUGGGGAGGGCAAGCAUUGGAACAGGCACUCCUGGGAAGGUGAAGCCUGGGGGAGGUGUAUCUGCGAAGGUGAAGGCGGGUAAGGCUGGGGAGGAGGGCAAGGAGGGAAAGCAGGGAAUGCAGGGCAAGGAGGGAGAGGAGGAGGUGGAAGCUUCAAAGAACGUGGUGAAAACGGGUAAGGGAGAGAAGAAGCGAAAGGGAGAGAAUAAGGGGAAGGGAGAGGCGGUUGUGAAGGGAGGGAAGAAGGGAGUUGGGGCGGAGGAGGCUAAGGGCAAGAGUGGUGCUGGUGGUGGUGUUGAAAGGAGUGGUGCUGCUGGUGCGACUGGUGGUGUUGCUGCAGAUGACAAUACUUCUAAUGCUGGUGGGGCUGUUACAGGAACAUCAGGAGGGGCAGCAGCAGCAGGGCUGGGAGCAGGAGGAGCAGUACGAGCAGCAGCAGCUGAUGUGGCAGACGCAGCAGAGGAGUCAGAGCAUACACAGACAGCAGAUGAAGGAGGGGAGGGCGAGAAGGAGGAGCAAGGGGAGGAGGCGGUUAGUGGGUGGGUUGCAGGCGCUGACACGGGUACUGUUGGGGUAGGACCUGUUGCAACGGGGGUAGAAGGCAAAAAAUCCCAAGGAGGCGAGGGCAGAGUGAAGAAACUUAAGGAGAAGGUGAGGAAGCCUGAGAAAGGGCAGGUAGGGCAAAAGGGGAAGGCAGGAUUGGGUCCUGGGGCAGGUGCUGCUGCUGCUGCUAGUGCUUCUGGUGCUGCUGGUGCUGCUGGUGCUGCUGGUGCUGCUGGUGCUGCUGGUGCUGCUAGUGCCAAGGCGGUUGCAAAACGGGUGAAAAUGGUGGGGAAGGAUGGGGCGAGAGGAACAGGAGAGGGGGAAGAGGUCGAGGGGAUACAAGCCAAAGUGGUGACAAAGAGAAAGGCAGCAGGGACGGAUGAUGGAGGAGUUAAGAGGAAAAAGGCAAAGGUUGCAGCAGGUGCUGUGGGGUUAGAGGUUGGUGGAGGUGCGGAGGGGUUGGAGGGGGUAGAGGGGGUAGAAGGGGGAGUUGGGAGUGGAAGAGAGGGGAUUGAGUCGGGAAAACAGGAGAAAGGAAAGAAGCAGGGGAAGGACAAGCAAGUGAAAGUGACAAGUGGGAAAAGAGUGGGCAAGAUAACUUUUCAAGAGGCAGAAGAGGCUUCGGGCAGGCCAAAAAAGAAAGAGCCGAAGGCAAAAAAGGCUGGAGGAGCAGGAGAAGGGGCAGACGCUGCAGAAGCAGUGGAGGAGAAUGGGGAAGGUUUUGUACCUGUUACUGAGUCAGCUAGUAAAGGGGAUGAGAAGGUUACUCCCCUGGGUGGCUCGGCAGCAGCAGCGGCAUCGAGUCUAGAGCUGCUUCUGAUGGGAGUGGAUGCUGUAAGCAGGCUGGAAAUGGAGGAGAAGGAUGAGAAGGAGGGGGAGAAACGAUCCGAGUCUGCUAAUGAGGCGGCUGCGCCUGCUGCUGUUAGGGAAGGGCAUGCGGAGCAGGAGAGAAGGGAGGAGGCGGAGGAGGAGGAGGUGGAGGAGGAGGAGAGAGAGGAGGAAAGGGGUAGGGAGUUGACUGGAAUGCCGCGGGUGGUGAAGAGAGCAGAUGGGGUGAAGAGGAAGAGAGUAGAUUCGGUAGAAAGGGUGAUGGAGCGGGCUUCAGCUAGUGAUGAGGCAGCAGCGGCAGGGGCGGGGGCAGGGACUGAAGUGUCGCCUAGUGAACGGGGGAGGAGCAGGAAGGAAGGGAAGGGAGAGAAGAGAGAGAAAGAACAUAAGGGAGAGAAGGUAGGGAAGGGAGAGAAAGGGGAGAAGGGAGAGAAGGGAGGGAAGGGAGAGAAGAAAAAGGAGGGACCUUCAGUCCGGGGUAAAGGAACCAAGGGAACAGAGGGUGCUGGGGCAGAUUCGGAAGUUACCCCUUCUGAGGUGCGACCAAGUAAGGUGAUGAAACAGGCAGGUGUGAAUCAAGGAGAGCCUUCAGACGCACCAGAGGCUCGAAAGCAGUACAUGGGGGUGCUGCUGGGUGGGGUGGGGUUGAAGGGGGACCAGAAAAGGCAAGUGAAGAAGCAAGUAAAGAAGGGAGAGAAGGAGGAGGAAAAGAAGGGAGAGAGUGUGGUUCAGAAACCACCUACGGGACGAAUUGUUGCUGUUGGUGGGCCUAAGGGUUUGCUUGCGGCCUCAAACCAGCGGCCUGAGGGUUUGCGAAAACCUUCUACUGGUCCUAAAACUGACUCUAGACUCAAGGGUGCUGCAAAGAAAAUCUCUGCUGGUAUGGGCGCUGCUGUUGCUGCUGCUCCUGCUGCUGCUCCUGCUGGUGCUGCUGCUGCUGCUGCUGCUGCUGCUGCUGCUCCUGCUGGUGUUGAUGCCAAUGCUGGUGCAGCUGGGGUGCUGAAACGAGCUCUGGCUAUGGUGCGGGAACAGGAUGGGGGAGAAGAGGAGAGCAGAGAGCAUGAGGAGCGGAAGCAGCAGCAGCAGCAGCAGCAGCAGCAGCAGCAGCAGCAGCAGCAGCGGCGGCGGCAAGGGGGGAGUGAGGAGGAAGAGGAGCAAGAGAAGGAGGAAGAAGAGGAGCAAGAGGACGAGGAGGAGCAACACUCAGGAAUCGAUGGCAAGGGGGAAGAGAGAGGUACAGAGAAGGCCAAGGGCAGAUCAGGCAGUUCCGUUGCUGCUGCUGCCUUGAGCCGUCAGCGUGGUGGCACUGGUGGGCGUGGGCUAGCAGUUAGGUCUCCAGGAAAGGCUAUCAAAGAGCCGCGUCUCACGAUUCAAAGGCCUGGGAUCACGCUGAGAGGGUUGGGAGUUACAGUGAGAGGGAUGGGGCUUCGUGGUAGGUGGUCGGGAAGAUGGAAUGCGCGUGCUAUCAUAGCAGGAAGGGCUGGGGCGGGAAUGAGGUAUGGGGAUCGGGAGGAGGAGGGAGAACGGGGUAGAGAGGAGGAGGAGGGAGAAGGGAGCAGGGAGGAUGAAGGGGAUAGGGAGGAGGGGGGUGGGGAUAAGGAGGAGGGAGGAGGCGGGAGCGAGGAGGAGGUGGAAGGGAGGGAGGAGGAGGAUGGGGAAAGAGAGGGGGAGGAGGAGGAAGAAGAGGCAGUGGUGUUGCUUGAUGAAGGGGAAGAGGAGGAGGAAGAGGAGAUAUACCCUGGGAGGGGCUUUCCUCGUGGGGUGAUAGGGGGAGGCAGUGGAGUGGCGAGGUAG